GCAGACUCCUCCUCAUCUCCGGUGUCAAACUUGACAUCAGCCUCUGAGCCGAGAAUGGUAACUUGUGUCGGAAUCGGAGCCCUCACAUCAGUGGCAUGCUUCAUGGAGUUAUGUACCUCUCGUUGCCCUCUGAACUGCCGUCAUGGAUUGCAAACCCCCUGUGCUUUUUCUUUCCCUGUUCUCGUUCAUUUGCCAAGGACAACUGACUAGCCAUCCCUCCAACGAAGUUAACCUGCUGGACUCGAAAGCGAGCCAAGGAGAACUGGGAUGGAUGUCCUAUCCGUCACAUGGGUGGGAAGAAAUCAGUGGGGUGGAUGAGCACUACACACCCAUCCGGACCUUCCAGGUGUGCAAUGUCAUGGAGUACAGCCAGAACAACUGGCUAAGGACCAACUGGAUCCCACGCAACUCCGCACAGAAGAUCUACGUGGAGCUCAAGUUCACCCUGAGAGACUGUAACAGCAUUCCCUUGGUCCUGGGAACCUGCAAGGAGACCUUCAACCUCUACUACAUGGAGACCGAAGAGGACCAAGGGGCAAAAUUCCGAGAACACCAGUUCGCCAAGAUCGACACGAUCGCGGCCGACGAGAGCUUCACGCAGAUGGACCUGGGUGACCGCAUCCUCAAGCUCAACACAGAGGUGCGGGAGGUGGGGCCCAUCACAAAGAAGGGCUUCUACCUGGCCUUCCAGGACGUGGGGGCCUGUGUUGCCCUGGUUUCAGUGCGGGUCUACUUUAAGAAGUGCCCGUUCACAGUGAGAAACCUGGCCAUGUUUCCUGACACGGUGCCCACGGACUCCCAGUCAUUGGUAGAGGUACGAGGCUCCUGUGUCAAUAACUCCAAGGAGGAGGACCCACCGAAAAUGUACUGCAGUACAGAGGGGGAAUGGCUGGUGCCUAUCGGGAAAUGUCUGUGCAACAUUGGCUAUGAAGAGCGAGGUGUCUCCUGCCAAGCAUGCCGGCCUGGUUUCUACAAGUCCUCCUCUGGGAACCUGAAGUGCUCAAAGUGUCCACCCCACAGCCACACCCACCAGGAGGGGUCCAUCCACUGCAGCUGUGAGAAGAACUACUUCCGUGCAGAAGGGGACCCAGCCUCCAUGGCCUGCACCCGGCCACCCUCCGCCCCCCGAAACGUCAUCUCGGUAAUAAACGAGACGUCGGUCAUCCUGGACUGGAGCUGGCCGGCGGACACGGGCGGGAGGAAGGACGUGAUCUUCAACGUGGUGUGCAAGCGGUGCUCGCCGGGCCAGCGGCAGUGUGAGCCCUGCAGAGGAGCGGUGCGCUUCCUGCCCCGCUCCGCCGGGCUCGGGAACACCACGGUGACCGUGGCGGACCUGCUGGCCCACACCAACUACACCUUUGAGAUCGAGGCGCUGAACGGAGUCUCCGCCUUCGCGCCCGCCCACCGCCAGUUCGCCGCCGUCACCAUAACAACCAACCAAGCAGCUCCCUCCCCUGUUACCAUCAUCAGAAAAGACAGGACGUCCCGAAACAGCAUUUCGCUGUCCUGGCUGGAACCAGAGAGACCAAAUGGCAUUAUCUUGGACUACGAAGUCAAGUACUAUGAGAAGCAGGAGCAAGAGACGAGCUACACCAUCCUGAGGUCUAAGGGCACCAACGUGACACUGAACGGGCUGAAGCCGGACACCACCUACCUGCUGCAGAUACGCGCCCGCACCGCCGCCGGCUACGGCGCUAGCAGCCGCAAGUUUGAGUUUGAGACCAGCCCAGACUCGUUCUCCAUCUCCAGUGAGAACAGCCAGGUGGUGCUGAUCGCCAUCUCAUCAGCUGUGGCCAUCAUCCUCCUGACAGUGGUCGUGUAUGUCCUGGUAGGCAGGUUUUGUGGAUACAGCAAAUCAAAACACCCAGAUGAGAAGAGACUUCACUUCGGCAACGGCCAUUUGAGACUGCCAGGAAUUAGGACCUAUGUGGACCCGCACACUUACGAGGACCCCAGUCAGGCUGUGCAUGAAUUCGCCAAAGAACUAGAUGCCUCGUGCAUAGCCAUCGACAAGGUGGUUGGCGCAGGUGAGUUUGGGGAGGUAUGCAGCGGUCGCCUGAAGCUGCCAUCAAAGAAGGAAAUCUGUGUGGCCAUCAAGACGCUGAAGGCAGGUUACACGGAGAAGCAGAGGCGGGACUUCCUGAGCGAGGCAAGCAUCAUGGGACAGUUCGACCACCCCAACAUCAUCAGGCUGGAGGGUGUGGUCACUCGCAGUAAACCAGUGAUGAUUGUGACCGAAUACAUGGAGAACGGGUCCUUGGACAGCUUCCUGAGAAAGCAUGAUGCCCAGUUCACGGGGAUCCAGCUGGUGGGCAUGCUGCGCGGCAUCGCCUCCGGCAUGAAGUACCUCUCUGACAUGGGCUACGUCCACCGAGACCUGGCCGCCCGCAACAUCCUGGUCAACAGCAACCUGGUGUGCAAGGUGUCCGAUUUCGGCCUGUCCCGGGUGCUGGAGGAUGACCCCGAGGCCGCCUACACCACAAGGGGUGGCAAGAUACCAAUCAGGUGGACGGCGCCAGAGGCCAUUGCCUAUCGCAAGUUCACCUCAGCCAGCGACGCGUGGAGCUACGGCAUCGUGCUGUGGGAGGUUAUGUCCUACGGAGAGAGGCCUUACUGGGAGAUGUCCAAUCAGGACGUGAUCAAGGCGGUGGAUGAGGGGUACCGCCUGCCUCCCCCCAUGGACUGCCCCGCGGCCCUGUACCAGCUGAUGCUGGACUGCUGGCAGAAGGACCGCAACAACCGGCCCAAGUUCGAGCAGAUCGUCAGCAUCCUGGACAAGCUCAUCCGCAACCCCGGCAGCCUGAAGAUCAUCGCCAACACUGCCUCCAGGCCGGCAAACCUGCUACUGGACCGGAACAGCACGGACAUCACCUCCCUCCGCUCGAUGGGUGACUGGCUGGAGGGCGUGCGCACGUUGCCUUGCAAAGACGCCUUCAGUGGGGUCAGCUACACCUCUUGCGACACCCUGGCCAAGACAUCCGCUGAGGACUUCAAAAAGGUUGGCGUGACGAUCGUGGGACCUCCAAAGAAGAUUGUGAGCAGUAUCAAGGCACUUGAAACACAUACGAAGAACGGCCCCGUUCCCGUGUGAUCCUGCGAGAAAUCCUCCCUGCUUUCACUUAAACCGAUCGGAUAAAAAGAGGACGCAUAAAAUAAAUGUUAAGAUAUUUUACGCAGUGGAAGGCAACUUUCCACAAGGGUGACAGUGACGUCCUAGCCCCCCGGGGCUUGCGAGGCCCAGGCUUGCCAUUGACGACGAGUUGCCUUAUGACUGAAACACAUGCAAUGGGAGAG